CUGCCUCGGUAAAUCCACACUCUUAUCUCUAACGUUCGAAUAAAAAAAUAAAAAUAAAAAAAAAUAAAACUCAGGAGAUAUGAUCAUUGAUUUUCCCAUACACAAGAGUUGUCUCCUUUCGAUCAUUUGAGUUCAACAGAUCUCUCUUUCUCACCCUCUUUUCUUCCUACUUGAGAAAAAACAAAAAAACGUUAGAAACGCCAUAGAUGGGUGACGAAAACUCGUUAGAGGAAUUGUCGUACCAGUCAGGGUACGGAAACAGCUUCUCGUCGGAGGCCCUCGCCGGAGCUCUCCCUCACGGCCAGAACAGCCCCCUCCUCUGCCCUUACUCCCUCUACGCCGAGCAAAUCUCCGGCACCUCCUUCACUUCCCCUCGCAAGCUCAAUCUCCGCAGUUGGCUUUACCGGAUCAAACCCUCGGUGACCCACGAACCGUUCAAGCCCCGGGUCCCCAGCCAUGGCAAGCUUUUGAGCGAAUUCGACCGAUCGAACAGCUCCGCCACGCCGACCCAGUUGCGGUGGAAGCCCGUCGAGAUUCCCGACUCGCCCACCGAUUUCGUUGACGGCUUGUUCACAGUUUGUGGGGCUGGCAGCUCGUUUCUCCGCCAUGGUUUUGCUGUUCACAUGUAUACUGCCAACAAAUCGAUGGAUAAUUGUGCAUUUUGCAACGCUGAUGGUGACUUUUUGAUAGUUCCCCAGAAAGGAAGGCUGUGGAUCACUACUGAAUGUGGAAAACUGCAAGUUUCUCCUGGUGAAGUUGCCAUUUUACCUCAAGGAUUUCGUUUCGCUGUUGAUCUGCCUGAUGGUCCAUCUCGUGGUUAUGUAGCUGAGAUCUUUGGUGCCCAUUUUCAACUUCCUGAUCUUGGCCCAAUAGGAGCUAAUGGUCUUGCUGCUCCAAGAGAUUUCCUUGCUCCUACAGCAUGGUUUGAAGACGGUCGCCGUCCGGGCUACACUAUUGUACAAAAGUUUGGUGGUGAACUUUUCACUGCAAAACAAGACUUUUCUCCCUUCAAUGUAGUUGCUUGGCAUGGUAAUCAUGUUCCUUAUAAGUAUGAUCUCAGUAAAUUCUGCCCUUACAAUACAGUUUUAGUUGAUCAUAGUGACCCAUCUAUUAACACAGUAUUGACAGCACCUACUGACAAGCCUGGUGUUGCGUUGCUUGAUUUUGUCGUUUUCCCACCACGAUGGCUGGUUGCUGAGCAUACAUUUCGACCUCCGUAUUAUCAUCGCAAUUGCAUGAGUGAAUUUAUGGGCCUCAUUUACGGUGGAUACGAG